AUGGCGACCCCUCCUGCUAUGUUCAAGGACUUGUUGUAUGUCGACGAGACAUCAUUCCCGUACAUCUUCGAACAAAAUGUUACAAUCCACCUGAAGGCAAGCAAGGGCCUGGUCCGUUGCAAUGUGUAUCGGCCCAAACCCGAGACCGACAAUGAACGAUUUCCCGUGCUCGUCACUUACGGGCCAUAUGGCAAGGACAUUCACUAUGAACAAUUUCAGCCCAAGUCUUACUCCGAGGUCAACCCUGAACAUCAUUCACCUCAUUCUGCGUGGGAAACGCCGGACCCGGGUUACUGGACUGCCCAGGGCUACGUCGUCGUGCGUGCUGAUGAGCGCGGACUGGGCCAGUCUCCUGGGCUACUGGAUACCAUGUCUCGUGGGACAAGCGAGGCUUUUUUUGACGUUGUUGAAUGGGCAGCGGAGCAGCCCUGGUCAUCUGGAAAGGUUGGACUCCUGGGAAUCAGUUACUACGCUGGAAGCCAAUGGCGCGUCGCCGCUCGAAAACCAAAAGGUCUGGCGGCCAUUGUGCCGUGGGAGGGUAUGUCAGACUACUAUAGAGACCGGUGUCGACAUGGUGGUAUUUACUCGAACGGUUUCAUCAAGUUCUGGUGGAACAGACAAGUUAUCACGAACCAAUACGGCCGUCCCGGCCGGAGCGCUCGGAAUUGGGGCCCUGAUACCGUCGAAGGCGACCUGGAUGAGCUUAGCCUGGAGAAGAACCGCCGCGAUCAGGUCGUCGACAAUCGAGACAACAAAUUCCGAGAUCAGAAGUACUACGCCUCGAAAGAAUAUGAUAUGGGGGAUAUCGAAGUACCGCUUCUGUCCGUGGGGAACUGGGGUGGUAUUUUACUUCACCUCCGCGGCAACCUUGAAGGUUAUUCUCAUGCCAAUUCAACAUUCAAAUACCUCCGCAUGAUUGUUGGUCGACACGAUCUACCCUUUUACUAUUCGGAAGAGGUGGACAUCCAACGUAGCUUCCUCGAUGCUUUUCUCAAGGGCGAGGACUCUGUUGGAUGGUCCGUUCCGGGGAAAGUUCCGCCCGUCGAUCUAGUCUUGCGAAAAGGUGACGUUGGAUUCAACGACCCUCCAGCCGAAAAGCAGUACAAGCGUCGUUUUGAGCAGGAGUGGCCCAUCGCUCGAACACAAUAUACCAAAUUUUAUCUCAAACCAGACCUCGGAAUGAGUCGGGAAGCGCCCCCAGGCCGGGAAAAGUUGUCCUACCGAGCUCUAGGUACGCUAGACAAACCACAGCUGUUGCAGUUCACAACAGCACCCUUUGAGGCCGAGACGGAAAUCACUGGAUAUAUUGUGGCCUACUUGAACGUGUCCGUGACCCCGGAUCCCCAAGGCUCUACCCCCUCUGAUAUCGACCUCUUUGUGACACUGAGGUACAUUUCACCACGAGGUCAAGAAGUUUUCUACACCGGCACCGCGGGCGAUCCCGUUCCUCUCACCAAAGGUUGGCUCCGUGUCAGCUUGCGCAAGACGAAUCCUGAGCAUCCGAAGUGGCGCCCCUAUUUGCCAUGGAGGGAAUACCUCAGCACAGAUGUGCUCCCGGUGAUUCCUGGUGAAGUAUACGCCGUCGAUAUCGAGGUGUGGCCCACGAACGUCGUUGUCGAAAAGGGGGCCAAGCUCCUAUUUGAGGUCUCUUCGGGUGAUACUCAGGGAAGUGGUAUCUUUACCCAUGACGAUCCUCAAGACAGGUCGACAGAAGUGUUUGGAGGCACGAACCAUAUUCACUUCAGCCACAGAUUUCAGAACUACAUCACUCUCCCGGUCAUACCGCCCAAGGAGUAG